CUACUACUCUCACUCGCAUUUCCACAUUCCACAACUCGGAAGCGAGUGAACUCAGUUGGGCUAUUGACUCGGAGGAGCAAUGGCGGUGUCGCAUUUCUCAUGCAGCGGAGCAAUGGAGUCGCUGCACUACGAAUCGCAGUCGAGGCUGAUCGAUUUCGGCUCCCGGAGUAGCUUCGGUUCGCGGUUGUUGCUGGCGAGGACGGUGAGUUUGAGCCGGAGGACUCGCCGGAGGUCGGUUCUGGUCACCAACGUCAUCAAGGAUCCGAUCGUCGAACAAGAAACGACAGUCAGCUCAUUCACACACGGGGUAUCCAUCGCUUCAAGUAUCAAAUACCACGCCGACUUUACGCCGGCGUUUUCUCCGGGGCAAUUUGAGCUGCCAAAGGCCUACGUUGCAACCGCGCAGAGUGUCCGUGACAUGCUCAUUGUUAACUGGAAUGCGACGAAUGAGUAUUAUGACAGGUUGCAUAUGAAGCAGGCGUAUUAUUUGUCAAUGGAAUUUCUACAGGGUAGAGCGCUGUUAAAUGCAGUUGGUAAUUUGGAGCUAGCAGGCGCGUAUGCAGAGGCGCUAAGCAAGCUUGGACACAAAUUAGAAACUGUGGCUCAUCAGGAGCCAGACGCCGCGCUUGGAAAUGGGGGUCUUGGUCGGCUUGCCUCAUGCUUCCUGGAUUCUUUGGCAACUUUGAACUACCCAGCAUGGGGUUAUGGACUUAGGUACAAGUAUGGGCUAUUUAAACAGCAAAUUACUAAAGAGGGUCAAGAAGAAGCAGCUGAGGAUUGGCUUGAGAUGGGAAAUCCCUGGGAAAUUGUGAGGAAUGAUGUAUCAUAUCCUGUAAAAUUCUACGGCAAUGUUGCUACUGGAUCAGAUGGAAAACGACAUUGGAUUGGAGGUGAAGAUAUAGAGGCUGUUGCUUAUGAUGUUCCAAUACCAGGAUAUAAAACUAAAACGACCAUCAACUUGCGGCUAUGGUCAACCAAAGCUCCGUCACAGGACUUUGAUUUAAAUUCUUUUAAUUCUGGGGACCAUACCAAAGCGUUUGAAGCUUUGGCAAAUGCUGAAAAGAUUUGCUAUGUACUUUAUCCUGGCGAUGACUCACUGGAGGGCAAGACACUUCGUCUGAAGCAACAAUAUACACUAUGUUCAGCUUCUCUCCAAGAUAUUGUUGCGCGUUUUGAGAGAAGAUCUGGAACAAACGUAAAUUGGGAUGAGUUUCCCAAGAAGGUUGCAGUGCAAAUGAAUGACACUCAUCCAACUCUCUGCAUUCCUGAACUGAUUCGAAUUCUAAUGGAUGUCGAGGGUUUGACUUGGAAGGAGGCCUGGAAUAUUACUCAAAGAACGGUCGCAUAUACAAACCACACUGUUCUACCAGAGGCAUUGGAGAAAUGGAGUUUAGAACUUAUGCAGAAACUGCUUCCUCGACAUGUGGAGAUCAUAGAACUCAUAGACGAGGAGCUCAUUAACACCAUAGUUGCGGAGUAUGGUACAGCAGACUGUGAUUUAUUAGAAAAGAAACUGACGGAGAUGAGAAUUUUAGAAAAUGUUGAUUUGCCUCCCGCAUAUGCCAAGUUAUUGGUUAAACCCAAAAAAAGCUCCAGUGUUCUUCCCACUGAAAAAUUUGAAGAUUCAAAAAAGGAUGUCAAGGCUGUUGAAGGAAUGGAACCUAAGAAGAAACAUAUAGAGGAAAAGAAAAAGGCACCGCCGAAACCACCUAAGCUAGUUCGUAUGGCAAACCUCUGCGUUGUAGGUGGUCAUGCAGUAAAUGGUGUUGCUGAGAUACAUAGUGAAAUAGUGAAGGACGAAGUAUUCAAUUCAUUCUAUAAAUUGUGGCCGAAGAAGUUUCAAAACAAGACAAAUGGGGUGACACCAAGAAGAUGGAUCCGCUUCUGCAAUCCAGACUUGAGUCAGAUUUUAACCAAAUGGAUAGGCACAGAGGAUUGGGUCUUAAAUACUGAAAAACUGGCAGAAUUACGACAGUUCGCUGAUGAUGAGGAUCUCCAAACUCAAUGGAGGCAAGCAAAAAGGAGCAACAAGUUGAAAGUUGCAUCAUUCAUCAAAGAAAGAACAGGGUUCUCUGUCAGCCCUGAUGCAAUGUUCGAUAUCCAGGUGAAGCGCAUUCAUGAAUACAAGAGACAACUUAUGAAUAUUCUGGGAAUUGUUUACCGCUACAAAAAAAUGAAAGAAAUGAGUGCUUCAGAAAGGAAAGGAAAGUUUGUUCCACGUGUUUGUAUGUUCGGAGGAAAAGCAUUUGCAACAUAUGUACAGGCAAAGAGAAUUGUGAAGUUUAUUACAGAUGUUGGGGAGACUGUAAAUCAUGAUCCUAGUAUAGGUGAUCUACUAAAGGUUAUAUUUGUACCUGACUACAAUGUCAGUGUUGCUGAGUUACUAAUUCCUGCAAGUGAGCUCUCACAACACAUCAGUACUGCCGGAAUGGAGGCGAGUGGCACCAGCAACAUGAAGUUUGCAAUGAAUGGCUGCAUACUAAUUGGUACUCUGGAUGGAGCCAAUGUCGAAAUAAGAGAAGAGGUUGGAGCCGAUAACUUUUUCCUCUUCGGUGCUGAAGCGCAUGAGAUUGCUGGGCUGAGGAAACAACGAGCGGAGGGGAAGUUUGUUCCGGACCCUCGUUUUGAGGAAGUUAAGGAAUUUGUCAGAAGUGGUGUUUUUGGGUCGUACAAUUAUGAUGACUUGAUUGGAUCCUUGGAAGGAAAUGAAGGAUUUGGCCGUGCUGAUUACUUCCUUGUUGGCCAGGACUUCCCCAGUUACAUAGAAUGCCAAGAUAAGGUUGAUGAGGCAUAUCGGGACCAAAAGAAAUGGACAAGAAUGUCAAUCCUGAACACAGCAGGCUCAGCCAAGUUCAGCAGUGACAGAACCAUUCAUGAAUAUGCUAAAUACAUAUGGAACAUUAAUCCAGUCGAAUUACAGUAGAUCCCGGUGAGCAAAGCAAAGAUGGUCUUACCUGGUGGUUGUGUACUUUUGAUGACCUCCACCUUUUGUUGCUAUUCUACUUCCUCUCUUAUGUAAAUGUAAAUAAGGCCCGGAAUGAGCAGCUUUUGGUUGUUCCUCUACCAACUAUUACUCUCACUCUAAAAUGUAGAGCAAAUGAUCGAAAUAAAGGGGUAGUUUCCCCAGACAUACAUCAUAUAGUAAACACCAUCUUAUAGUCUGAAA